UUGUUUGUGUGUGUGUGCGCACAGACUGUUGGCUGGAGAGAGAUGGGCUAGGACAAUACGUAGCUGGCUGCCUCUAAUAUAAUUCAUUCUUUAUGUGAGUGUGUGUGUGUGAGAGAGAGAGAGAGAGAGAGAGAGAGUGAGUAGUGGGGGGUGUGUGUGUGUGUGAGAGUGUGUUUGUGUGUCAGACGGUAUUCCUGCUCGUCUCGCUCCAGUUAAAGUUAAAUCAGAGGCAGUCACUGGCACACUGCGGUGGUCUCUCUAUCUCUCUGACUGUCCUGCUCUGAAAGCAUCAACAGCCUCCUGGUUCAACACCACAGGACUCGCUGAGGCCCUUGCCCAAGGCCUGUAUCAGUCACCACAGACGCACCCUGCCGACAGGGCCCCUUGUUUAAAAGUCCCAGGAUCUGGCACUAAAAAAGGGAAAAUGAAGAAUAUAACGACAGGAGCGACAGACAGGUUAGUUCUGACAUGCGGUAUGUCUGGACACCAUGAAAUCAUCUUCACCCUGGUGCCCAUCGUCUAUGGCUGUAACUUUGUCAUCGGCAUUAUUGGAAACAGUAUGGUGGUGGCCGUCAUCUACUGCUACAUGAAGUUCAAGACAGUGGCCAACAUUUUUGUCCUCAACCUUGCUGUGUCUGACCUCACCUUCCUCAUCACUUUGCCCAUGUGGGCGACCUUCACUGCCACAGGCUAUCACUGGCCCUUUGGGGGAUUCCUGUGCAAGGCCAGCGCAGGGCUGGUGAUUUUUAACCUCUACACCAGCAUCUUCUUCCUCACAGCACUCAGCAUUGACCGGUACCUGGCCAUUGUCCACCCAGUGCGAUCACGCAGGUUCCGCACCGUGGUGUACGCACGCAUCACCUGCGUAGUGAUCUGGCUUUUUGCCUUUGUGCUUAGUGUUCCCACAGCACUGACCAGAGAUGUCCACAACCUCACAGACUCUAACACCACAGUGUGUGGCAUUCUGCACCCGAAAAAUGAAAAUGUCCAGAGGUUGAAAGAGCUCCGGCUGGCCAUCAGCCUGAUGAAAAGCUUGCUGGGCUUCCUGGUGCCCUUUGUCAUCAUCAUCACCUGUUACUGCCUCAUCGGACGGGCGCUGCUGGGGGCAAAACACAUCCAGAAAAGCUCCCGUUCCCGCGACGACGAGGUAUUGCAUAUGCUCGCAGCAGCUGUCCUGGCCUUCUUCCUGUGCUGGAUGCCCCAUCAGGUGUUCCAUUUCAUGGAGGUGCUCACCCAGCUGAAACUGGUGGAGAACUGUGCCAUCGUGGAAAUCAUAGACACCGCCAUGCCCUUCACCAUCUGCAUCGCCUACUUCAACAGUUGUGUUAACCCUAUUGUGUACGGCUUUGUGGGGCGCAGCUUUCGCAAAAACUUAUUACGGCUGUUGCGCUGCUCGCCAGGUGGACCCACCAGGCCUCACCCGAGCAUUAGCUCCAAGAUGAGCGCCCUGUCCUUCCGUGCCUCGGAAGCACUGAGUCUAACAUCCAAAAGUAAGAGCUCCUCUGACGUUAAGUGAAAGAAAAGGGGAAAAAAGAGGGUACGAGUUCACUCUCCCCGCUCUUUUGGUCUGUGGUUGGAGUCCGGGGUUAGAGACUUUCCAUGCUUUUAAAACCCCAACUGUAUUACCGAGCACUGAACCAUGGAAAGAGGCUGUAAAGUUGUAUUCAUGUCCCUCUGUGAGUCAAAGAAAUAUUCACUAUCUUAUACAAUCUGCAGAAUAGUUAUUUGUAAACCAUCACACUCAUACUUGUCACAUUCCUGCUGGCAAAAGUCUCUGUCAGUGUCACAAAGUAAAAAAAAAUAUAUUAAUGGAGUAUUUCCCUGCGAGAGAAGACCAUACAUGAUCACAGAAACCAUUAUUUAUAUAAGAUAUAUAUGUACUGUUGGAUUUUGUCACCAUUAUAUCUUAAGGAUACAGUGCAGUAAUAUAUUGUCCCGUGAUAACUACUCUGUGUGCUCAGCAGGUCUUUCAUUAGUUGGAACAGAAAGAGCAAAAGAAAAAAAAAACUUAAAAAGCUAGUCAUGCAUGCUCUGCCCACAGCUGUAUACAUGGAAUUGGAAAUUUGUAGCAAAAAUAUGUUGUAAAUUCAUAUCAUUUAUUAAUAUACUUGACUAUAUGCUAUAUAGUAUCGUCAAAUGAUGUGCUCUGUGUGAAAAUGUAUAAGUGUUGCAUAAUAAGACUGUAAUUCUGAGAUGUUCCAGGUCUGGGAGUAACACACUGUAUAAAUAAGAGUGCUACACAAACAUUCUUGGUUGGGUGAUCUUUGUCAAUCUAUCUGUGGUGGUUGUAUUUGUGGUAUUUAAACAUGUUGAUAGAUUUUUUUUCUACUCUCUAAGUGUACAGUUUGUGAAUGUAUGAAAAUAAAAUGAAAAAAUCUA